GAUUUUGUGCAUCCGUCCUUGCAAUUGUUGCACAGCUUCCUCAUUCUCAUGGGGACCAGUGCCGACGUCGACGCGGGGCUGGCGAGGCAGGAGACCUUCGACUUGGAUGUCGAGCUGGCCGACGCAUCCCUCGCUUUGGAGUGUGAGGACCAGCCUCAGCAGAGCAGCUUUCGGCGCCUGGGUAGCUCGAGGGAGCAGUUCAACGUCAUCGAUUCGCGCAUUGAGGUGAAGCAGGAGGGUGGGGCCGAGGCACGCUCUGGGACCAUGGCCAACAGCGCCCAGGUCAAGCCUGACGACUCGCAGCGUGCGAUGGGCUCCGAGGAGGAGCAUGCAGCUUCUGGCGAAGGCAGCGGCAGCGUCGAGGCUGCCCCGACUACCAUUGACGACUUGGUGACGGGCCAGUUCAAGCUCAUGGCGCCCAAGAUGAUCAAGAUGAUAUCGCACACGGCAGUUAAGCCACCAAUCAUCCCCUCGGAUGAGUCCAGCAUGGCGCAGCCAGUGCACCAAGGCGACGGCGAUGCGGAGCAAGGCGAGGGUGCUGAGCCUGCGGUUGAGGGCUCCGCUCUUGAUAGCACGGGGGUCAGCGAGCUGUCCUUGGAAGCCGAUCUCCCGUCUGGCACGUCGAUGGCGAACUUUGGGAGGAUCAGGGGCACCAUCAACUCUUACGCCGACAAGCUGGGCAACGACGACUGGUUCCCCAAGACCGUCCUGGGCACUCUGCACGCGCUGCACAGGAGGUUGCAGAAGCGUGGCAAGGAUGAAAUCAUCGGCAAGGCCUCGUUCGCGAUACAGAAGGCAUACUAUCAACUAGACAAGCGCAUCGAGUCAGUGAUCGAGUUGCACAAGCUUGUCAAGUAUUGGGUAGAAUCGCAAUCCAACGGGACGAUCAAGGAUUUGCUUGUACCAUUCUCUUACUUGCUUGGCUACCAGACUGUGAAGCUCAUGCCUAUGUCGGAGCAGUUGAAUAUCAUGUUCGCUAGAUCUGUGUUCCAUGCGAUGGUUAAGCACCAGGGCUCGAUCAAGACGGCCAUCGACCUUUACGACCCGACGAUCCUUUUGGACAUGGUCAAGAUCAGGGAGUUGAAGGCAAGAGAGGUAUACGAGCCACCGAGGUUGCCAGAUGCUGAGGUGAAACGUGAAGCUGGCGAGGACGGUGGAGAGGCGGUACGCGCAGACUCUGGCGGAGGGGCAGCGGGGGAGCCGAAGAGGAAGAAGCAUAAAAGGACCAUCACUGACAUUUCCAACUACAUCCAGGAGGGCUUUCCACCGACGUUCUACUUCGAGCGGAUGGUCGCAGAUAGCUUGACGGAAUGGUUCUGUCUACUUCCUGAGUCUAAGGUGAGGGAACCCAAUGAGGCAUAUGGCACCGUCUCCGAGAUUAGCGACAUCAUCACGUCCUACACCGCCAAGGCCGCGAUGAUCAAGAGCGAGUUCGACGACGACGUCUUCAUGGAGGUGCUGGACAGCAUUGGGAUCAUUGCCCGCUGCUGCUACCCUGACGAGAAGGUGAGGCCCCUCACCGCCAACGUCAGGAAGGCGACCUCGGCGGCAUUCGAAAAGGCGUUCGACGAUAUGUUCACGAACCCAGAGGGUUGGAAGGAUGAGCAGCUUAAGGAGCUCGACUCUGGAACAAGCUACACGAAGAUGACGGAGUAUUUCGCGCAGAUGGGGCCGCUCUUUACUGGGACCACGUUGGCGACCUCGAAGUGGAGCUUAGGUGCGUGCCAGGAGAACUGCGAGUUCGUGGCGGACACCUUGUCGAACAGCAUCACCAUCCUCGACGUUGGUAACUCCAUGAUGCUAGCGAUCUUCCAGAACACAGUUUGCAAGGACAUUGCGAAGCUGGCGGCGUUGAUUCUCGAUACCUUAACCUCAGAGCAACUGAAGGAGAAGGAGGCUGGUGAUGAGGGGGUUCCAGCUGAACGUGGCGACCAAAGAGGGAAUCAAGGACCGACCGUCAUGGAUCAGCUCAGGACGAUAGAGGAGAACAUCGACAAGGCCUUGGACUGCAUGCCGCGCUUUGGAAAUGCUCUUAAUGAUCUGUUUACCCGUUGGCUGCGGUGCAAAAAUGCAUUUCAUUCGCGAGUGGGGGAUUCGUUUAUCACUAAGUUCGGCGAGGACCAUAAGCACAACAACCCAGUCAUAUUCGAGAGCGAGGUGGGCUACAACGGAAGUCGGCUGACGAACAUUGCGACGUACCUGAAGAAUUGCAUCCAGUUGGCAAACUUCAAGCUUGAGUGCGCGACGCCUGAGCUGAGGGACAAGUGCACGGACGUUCUCAUCAGGUUCGCAGGCUUGCAGCGUUGCAUCGACGGUGAGGUGUUCGAGUUUCAAUCCGACUCGUUGUUGACUGACGCAUCGGUUACCGAUAAGAUCGUCUCCGACUUCCGUGACUUCAUGUCCGUCGCUGGUUCGCAGGUGCACGAGGUCUUCUCCGACACGUUCGUGCGCAGCAAGAUGGAUGAGAUAGCGCCGACUCCUGAGUUUGGUCUCGGCCAGGUGAACGAUAAGGUCUUGGCAGAGGUGCUUCCUGUAGAUUCGUUCGGUCGCUUGGUCCUUGGCAUCACCAACAUCAAGAAGCUGUUCCCAGUCGGCGUCGAGUUCAAGGACGGCGCCAAAGAGGACGAGACAGCCAUGCAGGAGGCCGUUCACUACAAAGCUUUAUCGGACUUGGUCGCGUUCCUGGAUGCGAGCGGUACCGCCAGCAUUUUCGUACCAGAUGUGACCUUCGGCCCAAACGCGGUAAAGAUGCCCGUCGAGCUUGCUGUGGCCUACUUGCAAAUGAUGGUUCAGGUCAAAGACCUGGUGGCAGUUGCGGCGUUGCAGUAUGACAGUCUUCUCUCCAGCAAGAAGGGGGCAGCAGUGACGUCAGAUGAGUUGUUCGGCAAGGUCGUGCACGUCCAGUGUAUCCUCAGCAAGAGCUUGGUGAGGAUCGACAGCCUUUUGCUUUCAACGGAAAUCAAGGAGCUUGAGAAGUCGAAAUGGGUCGGUCCCAUCUCCGUCGAGGCCACCAGGCAGUGGAUCAAGUCCGUCGCAGUUUUCGCAGGGUUCUGCAAGUCGCAACUGCUCACUGAUAUGUCAGAUCUCGUGAACGGCGCAGUUGCGGAGUGCAGGAAGGUCUUACCCGACUGGGACACGGUGAUCGAUCAGAAGACGGGCGCGCUCAUCGAGAAGCUCGCGAUCAAGCAGUUCAGCGACUUGGAGAAGGUUGUGCACUGUUACAACAACGUACACAAACACAUGCGGUGGUUCUCGCGCGCGGGCUCGUUGCUGGAGCUGUCCCCGCGCCUCCAGAACCACGACCUCACCUCGGAA